UUAGAACAAUUCUCUGAGGAAGAAAAGGUCAAAAUAGUUGCUACCUCAAUGAAGACGGAGUUCAAACAAGCGGAUCAAGAAUUUGAGGAAUACUCAGAGGAUGAGACUGGGCAGCAGGAUGAAACAGUUGAAUUUGAAAUUGCCAGGCUAUCUAAAGAAGCUGCAAUAGAUGGUUUUGGGAAAAGAGAAGCUCUAACAGUUGAUAAAGGGGCUGAUUUUGCAGAUGAAUCUACCGAAUCCCUCGAGGGACAAGAAAAGAGGACAGGAAUAAACCUUGGUCCAAAUGUACAGUCUUUUAGUUUACAGGAUGAUCAUGGUAACUUGAAAAACUCAGAAGAGAUCAAAUCUAAAUUAUUUGAUGUUAGUGCCGUCAAACCUCUGCAGUUGGAGUUUGACGCUGAAGAACAAGGGUGCACUGAUGAAGGAGAACUGGAAAUGACACCCCUCCAGUUAGGGGGGAUGUCAGCUGAUCAGAUGAUAGGAAAAUGGGAAACAUCUCAACAUCUAGAGAAAACUAAUCAAUCUCCACACAGAUUGGCUGAGAUGACUCAGGCAGAUGUAACAACAGAUAUAGAAAGUACUGAUGAACCAAAGUUGACUACAUCUGAAGGGCUUCCCUUGAUCUCAGCAGUGGAAGAAAAACAUGAGGGAUACUCAGAACACUCAGCUGGAGAACAUCAGGGUGUGAUUGAUGAAGAAAUUCUUGAUUUGUGGAUAGAGACAGUGAUGUCAGAUGACACUGAAAGGUCUAAAGAAGAAGAUCUUUCUGGACCCGGACUACAAAAGGACCAAGUAAAUGAGGAGUCAGGUGAAACAUCAUUUGAGGACGAGAGAGAAGAGGAAAUGAAAGCAAAUUCAGAAGAACCUGCAUCACCAAGCGAGACAGAAACUUCCUUGUCAACAUUUGAGCCUGGACUAUUGGAUCAGCAUUUCAGUGAAAAAACAGCAAGCACUGGAUUGCUUGAAGAUAUAAAUAACAUACCAAAUGCUGGGUCAAGUUCAGAAGAUGUCGCUGAGUUUUCAAUGCCUAUAUUUGACUCUGCAUUGGUUCAGGAAACAACUGAAGUUACAGCAUUCAGUGAAAUCAGAUCCUACCAAGAUUCAGGAGUUUCCUCACCAGGGGAAUGUCAUCCAAUUCAGGAAUGCGCUACAUCUCAAGAAAAGUCAGAUGAAACAAAAGAAAAGACAGGAGUGGAAAUUAGUGCAAUGUGCAGAGACACUGAAUUCGAACAGAAAACAAUAACUGAAGAUGAUCUCCUUGAAGCAACAGUGGCUGAAAUCUCUGAAGAAAUCCAACCUCUGGAGUCAUGGCAACACAGAAAGAACUCCCAGGUUGAAUCUGAGAGGCAGCAAUUCACUCCGUUGGCACCAGAGCACAGAUCGCCGGGGGACAUCAUCAAAUCUUUUCCAGACUCAAGCAGGACUGAGCUGGAAGAAAAUCUAAGCAAGGUCGAAGGCCCCAUCCUAGAUUUUGCACUGCAAAGGUCUCGGAUUGCUGUGAAAAACCCUCGUGUUAGACCCCCCACAGACCCCCGCUCUUUAAUUAACAUGCCCUCUGUGGAUCCAACUCCAUCAACACCUGUGUCUGGCAAAGCUCUUCCAGGUGUGCCUUUAGGCGGCUUAGGGGUUGGGAUCAAACUGCCAGGGCUUGGAGCUGGUUUUCCUGUUUUAAGGAAGACACCACGGGCCUCAAAAAACGAGGAUAACCCAGAAACAAAAUCACAGGAAUCUACUGAGACUACUGAGAAAAAGGAAGAGGAAGAGAAGAGUGAUGCUGCUAAAAAAGAUGAAGCACCAAAGAGGCCUAAAUGGAUGCCCCCAGGACAACCAGGAUUUGGAAAUCCACUUAUGUCUGAACUCAAGACCAAGCUGAAGAAAACUUCCAAAGAGUGAAAAAAUGAUCCUUUUAAUGCUUUCUGUGAAUAGCCCCACAUAUUAUAAAUAAGUUAACUGCCCUGUGUUUGUCUACUAUGCAACAAGAAGCAUUUUUUUAUUUUAUUUUACCUAUGUUUUUGGUAUUUAGCUUGGAUAAUAAAGUACAAUUGAAUGAGAUUUGUUUUUUAUUUCAUUCAAAAUUUAAUUUUCUUUCCUUACUUUUACAACCGCCCUAAUCUCAAAAGUCAAAAAUUAUAAAUAAGACAGGGAAUAGUCACACAGUCUGCAAAAAUAGCAACGUCAGUUUUUGCACUCAUAAAGAAAACAUGAAAUCCAAAUUUAUAUGUCACACUUGAGCACAAUGACAGCAUCUCAAACGUGAUCUGUACAAUGACUGACUGCCAAUGCAAUACACAGUUGUCAUACUCGUCACCUUCACCUUGUUUAUUUAGGACUUAGUUGCAGGGAAGCAGACUUACCCGAGACGCCUGGGCUUCCCUUUCCGUUCACUUCCCCUUGAGCUCCUCUGGGAAAAGCCCAAAAUGCUCUCAAGCUUGCCAAGAGACAGAUCUACUUUGGAAUAUAUGCGAUGAAUAUUAAACCCCAUUUCCACUACUUGAAAGUAAAACAAGGGACAUUGCAUGUCAUCAUUUUGACUUUCAAAGUCAUAGUUGCAAGAUUUAAAGUAAUCGCUAUUAUAAACUUUAUGUCAUUAAACUUAAAGUCUAAAU